CUUAGGGAAUGUUUGGGAGGAAUGAGGGAGAGUAGGAUGGAUGGAGAGUAACAUGGAGGGAGAGUUAAGAAGGAUGGAGAGGAUAGUAAUUCUCUUUUGUGUUGUAUUUGAAAGGACGGAGAGGAAAUUAGUUGUUAAAAUUACCAUAAUAUUUUUUUUAAUAUAAAUAUUUAUUAUUUUUUUAAGAAUAAUUUGAUACUUGGUAUAUCUAUUUUGUCUUCUUAAAUCCUUGCAAAAUUUGGGACAAUUAGAUUUUUGAGAUUUGGAGGAGGAAAGUCUUCUUCCAACUCUCAUCUCCAUCCUUUUUUCGAACAAUGGAUUCCACUUAUCUCUUCCACUCUCUCCCAUGGGGUUUCUUUUUAAUAUUUUGGGGACUAAAUCGGUAUUUUUAUAGUAAGUGAAGUAGUAAGAAAGAAUCACACAAAUAGUUAUAUCAAGUUAAUUAUCAAUAAUUUCAAAGCUAGUUUCUUCAUGUGUGUGAGCAACUGUUGAGGAGGGCAAGAAUAUUAUUACAUUUGAGAGACUAAAUUCACAAAAAGAAUAACCUCAAACAAAUAAUAUCAAAUAUCAUCAAUACUGUAUUUGCAAUUGCCAUAAGAAAGACUCCCUAGAGGGAGAAAGUAUAUCCUUCUCUCUCAUCUCAUAUCCUGUAUAUCAAGCCAAAGAGGAAUAAUUCUCAUCUAACAAACACAACCAAGAAAAGUAAGUAACCUCCACUUCAAGCCAACCAACCAACCAAAUACUAUAAAUAUAUAGUAUUCUAUAUUGUACAAGAACAAGAGUAAUUCCCAUAAAAUUUGAUCAUACAAUUACAAAGGAAUAAAAGAGGUGAAGAGGAAGGCCAAAUGGAAACAACAACAGCAGCCACCAUAGCUGAUACGUACGUGGAUUUCGAGCCUUAUUGCGCUUGGCAAAGAGAUGAACAAAGCUACAGCAUUGCCAUCCAUCUCCACGGUUUCCAAAAAGACCAAUUGAGGGUUCAAAUAAACAAUGAAAGAAUAGUAACCAUAAGUGGGCAACGACUUGUGGACGAAGGUACCAAAACAUGGAGCCGAUUCACCAAACAACUAAAACUCCCUGAAGAUUGCACUGACUACGGCAUUCGAGCUAGAUUCUCUGCUGGGGUUCUCACCAUUACUAUGCCUAAGAAAUUAUCAUUCCCCUCACCUCAUCAAGAUCAUGAUUCUCCCAUCAUCACUACACCACAACCGCAUGAUCAAAAUCUUCACCAACGACGUCGUUCUGACGAUGAUAAUAUUGAUGAGCAUCAACAACAAAAGAGUUGUAGAACUACACAACCAGCAAAAUUAUCAUCAUCAUCCUCACAAAAUAAUAAUAAUAGUAAUAAGAAUAAGAAUUCAUCUGUGUUUCGAUUUGCUGCUACAGUUGCUGCAGUUGUGCUUGUUCUUGCCGUUUCUGGAGCCAAUUAUGUUUAUAAACACCCAUCAUCAUCAUCAUCAACUCCUACAAAUUAGCUAGAUCAGUAGAUGAUGAUGUUUUGGGACAAAUUUUAUUUUAUUAUUCAUUAUGUUGCAAAAUUACUACACCCAAUCUCUAAUACUAUUACUAUCUAAAUAUGUAAGCUUGGAAAAUUAUAUGAUGUGUAUUGUAUACAUUAUAAUAUGCUCAUUAUAUUUAUGUCAUACAUUAUAUUUCCAAG